GUGAAAAGAGCCAUUCGAAACGGUCGUGUCUGCAUGGUAACCCCAGAACCGUGAAAACCCGCGAAAUAUCUCGCGAGAGUGAUCAUUUUAAUCCAUACCAUGAUCUGUCCCCGAGCCUAACCAGUACUUUUUUGUGCCUAAAUACGACUAUACCUAAAUCACAGCGUUGUCACAUCAUAAAACAUAAUUAUGUUGUACAACGCGCUCAACGAAGAAACAACGGGUACAAAUCUCGCGAGAGUCGCAGAUGUAGGGUAACCAUCUAGACACGACCAUUCGAAACGAUCCAGCAGCAGCAGCAGCCUGCAGCAGGAUGAGGACAAAGAUUACACCUGAGCGAAAACAAACGCUGCUAGAAGACGGUUGGCUAUCAAAUAACAUCAAUGUUUACCCUCUCUUAAAUUUUUCAAACCAAUGUCGAUGCGGAAAACUGUAGAAUCUUUCAUUUACCGAGUAGUUUUUCUUAGCUAGCUAUGUUUUAUAGAAAAUAUGACGAGUCCAGUAUUGACUGUCUCGUAGCAGCGAGGAUGCUCAGGCCUCUCAUAACAAGAUUUUGUCUGUCUAAUCAAUGACUAUGGAUGUCAGAGCAGUUCUGGAGUUUGCUACAGUUACCAGGGGCCUCUCACUGUUUUUACAGGCUGUUUUGAAUGCUGCCAUCCCUGACCAUGAUGCCGAUGCAUUCAGGCCCCCACGGACAGAGGAGCCUCUCUACCUGGACUCUGCAGUGGAGUGGUUGUUGGGCGGACUUUCUCACUGGGACGCCGAGCAUUUCCUCUUCAUUGCCGAGAGGGGAUACCUCUAUGAGCACAACUUUGCUUUCUUCCCCCUUUUCCCCGUCAUCCUCCGAGGCCUGGCGGAGACGCUGCUGUGGCCCCUGAGCAGCUGGCUGAGUGUGCGGGGGCGUUUGCUGGUGGCUGUCGCUCUGGGGAACAGUGCCCUCUUCCUGCUGAGCGUGGUUGCCUUGCACGCGCUCAGUAGAAUCGUUUUGCAGGACAGGCGUCUCGCUCUGCUCUCCAGCCUGCUCUACUGCGUCACGCCUGCAAAUGUUUUCAUGACCGCUGGGUACUCGGAGAGCCUGUUUGCCGCGCUCACUUUCGGUGGCCUGUUCCUCCUGGAGAAAGGUUUCACCUUCCGAGCCUGCCUGGCUCUCAGUAUAGCCACUGCAGCACGAUCUAACGGUCUUGUUAACAUAGGAUUUCUGCUGUAUCUUCCAUCACUACACGCCAUUUCCCAGAUUCGUGUGUAUCGCACAACAACAAAAGGCCACAGUAAAGUCUUCCACUACAUCUGGGUCAUCAUCCGGCUCCUGCUCACCUCUCUUCUGGGAACUGCAAUUAUUGCCCUUCCCUUCUGUGCUUUCCAGUACUAUGGGUAUAGGACGUUUUGUACACCAUCAGUCUCCUUAGAGCGGAUCCCCCCUGCACUUCUAUCGCUGGCUGAACGGAAGGGCUACCGGGUCCCAGAUGAAAAUAGUCCUCCACCCCUUUGGUGCAUGAGACCCCUUCCCCUGCUUUAUUCUCACAUCCAGGAUGUGUACUGGGAUGUGGGCUUCCUCCGUUACUUUGAACUGAGGCAGAUACCAAACUUUAUUCUUGCUCUACCCAUGGCUACUCUCGGUGUAAUGGCAGCUUAUGCUUAUUUCCAAGCAAAUCCAGAACUGUGUCUGAGACUUGGACUUUGGGAGACAGGUGUAAAUAAAGGACAUGACAAACCCAUACCGGGAUUCUUCAACCCCAGAGUGUUUGUGUAUAUUGUACAUUCAACAGUACUCCUGGUGUUUGGGACCUUGUGCAUGCAUGUGCAGGUUCUAACCAGGUUCAUGGCCUCCUCGUCUCCUGUGCCCUUCUGGAUAAGCGCUCAUCUCCUCCUCCUCAACGAGCCACUUCUUCAUCGAAGGAAAACAUCGACGCCCAACAUACAGAUGCAGACACAUUCCAGAAAUGGAUGCAAGCAUACACCUCAAAACCCCGUCAUUGCACUGCUGCCACACUUUAAAACUUGUUCUCCCACUACACAGAGCAUACUGGGAUACUUCUUCUCUUACUGGGUGCUGGGCCUCACACUGCAUUGUAACUUCUUGCCAUGGACUUGAAUUUAGACAUUAGUCUAAGCAUUAAAUGCAAAUUUUCUAUGUAGAAUUGGGCUUUAUUCCAAAUUAUAUAAAUCCACAUACAGGUGUUUUUACACUACAUCAACAGUAGAUUUUUGUUAAACCAAAGAUUGGUAAAUUGUUUGUUGCAAUAGCAUUAAAAGGAAUUUGUCAUGAAAAUAAUAGGUUAUUUAAAUAGCACAAUUUGUCAGUCACUUGUAUUUAAAAAAAGAAAAAUCACUAACUUUUAUUUGGGGAAAACAAAUCUAAAGCCAAGUAAAGUAUGAAAAAUGCUGUGCCUCAUAUUCUUCUCAUAUUGCCCAGUCCUAUAUAGAACAUUACAUUUUUAUGCAGAUUUAUUCAUGCAAUAGUCAAGAAGUUUUAUUUGCACAUCUUAGUUAAAUGUCUUUGUAAUUGUUUGAGAACAAACUUGUGUACAGUACAACUGAAACUUGACUGUUUACUGUAUGGUUGUAAAUCUUGGGAAGAACUGUGGUUGUACUGGUAAAAUAUAUUUUUAUUUCUUGCUGGAGCAUUGAAAUUUUAACUAUUCUGUUUAAUAUUGCACUGCAUGUUUGGAAUAAUUAUUCCAGGUUUUAUGUUGGGGCUUUUGGAUGUGAAUGAAAAAAUAAAGUUGUUGUUUCCUCAAUUUA